UUGCAGUCUGGUAGUCUCACUAAGUUGAGGUUUCAGGACACAAUGUCGUCCCCCUGCUGCUUCAAGCUGCUGCUGUCCUGCAUCCUGCUGGUUCUGCUGGUCCAGUUUCCUCAGGCGCAGUCCAGAGCGGCCACAGAGGACACAGAAACAGCGUUGGCGCCGCAGUGGGUGAUGCCAGAGAAGAUGAAGAAGCAGCUUCACGCCGUUCCAGCCAGCAGGACUGUGAAGUUUCGAUGCCAGGCGACCGGAAACCCGGUUCCCUCCCUGCGCUGGUACAAGAACGGGAAAGAGUUCAGGAAGGACCAAAGAAUCGGAGGGUUCAAGAUAAGAGACCACAUGUGGACUCUAAUAAUGGAGUCAGUGGUCCCAUCGGAUAAAGGGAACUACACCUGUGUGGUGGAGAAUGAAUAUGGGAGUCUCGAACACACCUACCUGCUGGAGUCAUUGGUAAAUGAACGUCCUCCUCACAGACCGAUCCUGCAGGCCAGUCUGCCGGAGAACCAAACCGCAGUGCUUGGCAGUGACGUGACAUUUGUGUGCCGUGUGAUGGGUGACUUGUGGCAUCACAUGCAGUGGCUCAAACACAUCACCGUCGACAGCCGAAACGAGGCGCCGGGCGGAUUCCCGUACGUCCACAUUCUCAAGGCAACAGGUUUGAACACAGCAGAUAAAGAAAUGGAGGUUUUGACUCUGAGGAACGUAACUCUGAACGAUGCUGGAAAGUACACCUGUCUGGCGGGAAACUCUUUUGUAAUCGCUUAUCAUUCUGCGUGGCUCACUGUAGUUGAUAGUGUGUGAUUAAAUUGACAGAUUUUUUCAGGAUGGAAUAAUUACAUUUAAAGUUUUUCCCGAUCGCUUACUCACUGAAAGUGAAUGCUUAGAGUCAAAACCUUUUGUAACCUUCCCUUAAAGCUGCAGUAGGUCAUUUUUAUAAAACAUGCACACUUUGGGUUGUAAGCUUGAAGAUAAUUGAUCAUUCCCAGGGUCCCAAAGCAUCUGUAUUUGACGACCUUGGAAUAAGACUCAACAAUCAACUAUCACUCUUGCCACUGAUUAGUUGUUUUCUUUCGGGUCUGGUGGGUUCUUGCAAAUGUCAUUAGGAGCACAAGGAGGAGCCGGAGAAACCUGAUUCUUUCCCAGAAUAUCUGUCGUCUCAUGUUCUUCUGUCAGGAUAUAAUGAAAGUUUAAACAAAUAUUACAAAAAUAUAUUUUUAUAAAAGUUACCUACUGCAGCUUCAUAACCUUUUAGAGUCGCAACCCCCAAAAAUAACCAGGUUGGUGUUCACAACAGGGGCAAUUAUAAUUGAGUCUAACAUUUGGAAAACAUAUAAAGGAGAAUGAAUAUAGAUGUUGUAUAUUGCUAAUCCAGCAGAGGGCAGUGUUGUCUCAGAGUAAGCUGUAGUUGACUGAAGAGUGAGAGCUUCCAUCCCAGCAGUAGACGUAGUGAUACCGUAGUGUCAAAUACUGCAGGUAAAAGCUGCAUUUAAAGUUUUAAUUGAAUAAA